AUAUACGUAACUUCUGGCGGAAGUGCCAGAGAAGCUGCAUUACUUUGGACUACUCUGGAGGAAUUUAUUUCAUGACAGCAGCCGGACUGCCACCCCUGUGGAACCCGUAAACACUUCUUGGUUCGGAUCUUUUGACUCUCUUCGACGAUGCACGGGCGAGUGAAGCUGAAGUCGACAGCUCAGCAGGAGGAGGAGAAGAAGAAAGAGAGAGAGAAGAAGCUGAAGGUCUACAAGGCGGCUCGGGAUGCCUGCUUCAGCAAGAGGAAGGAGGGCACAAUGGAUGUUGAAGCCUUGCAGCUCACUCAGCAGCUUCUGUCCUCCAACCCAGACUUUGCCACGCUGUGGAACUACAGGAGAGAGAUCCUGCUGCACCAGGAGACUGUGCGGGCGGAGGAGGAGGUGCAGAAGGUGUAUGAGGAGGAGCUGUCCUUCCUGGAGGGGUGUCUGAAGGUGAACCCCAAAUCGUACGGGAGCUGGCACCACCGCGGCUGGGUCUCCUCCCGGAUCCCCCGGCCCGACUGGGGCCGAGAGCUGGGCCUGUGCGACCGCUGCCUGGCGCUGGACGACCGAAACUUUCACUGUUGGGACUACCGCAGGAUGGUGGUCCGGCUCUCUGGUGUUCCGGUGGAUCAGGAGCUGCAGUUCACCGAUCGGCUCAUUGGCUCAAACUUCUCCAACUACUCCAGCUGGCACUACAGGAGCACCCUGCUGCCGCUGCUGCACCCCCCCCAGGCCCACGAGCGGGACCCCCCCUCCCCCAGCACCCACUCGCACAGCGUCUGUGAGGAGCAGCUGCUCAAAGAGUAUGAGCUGGUGCAGAACGCCUUCUUCACCGACCCCAACGACCAGAGUGCCUGGUUCUACUACCGAUGGCUACUUGGCAGAGCGGAGCGAGAGGAGAUGAUUAGCUGUGUGUAUGUGAGCAGAGAGGGAGAGAGGCUCAUUGUGGCUUUCUCCAGGCCAGUAAACGCCCUGUCUGUCGGGCUGCUCUUGGUGGUAGACGGGCAGCCCCUGAAUGUGGACUGGAGAAGUGCUCACCCGCGAUUCCGCCACAGCCCCGUCUGGAUCUGCGAACUGCCACCUGGGACCAUCAGUGACUCCAGUAACGAACACAACCUGACCGUGCACUGGACCCAGAGGCACAUACACAGGGACUGCGCACUUUACACAGGUCGAUCAGAAAGCUGGUGCCGAGAUUCAGCCACUGACCAAGAGCUUUUUAGGAGUGAUCUCUCUGUAGAGAAGACUUCAGUGCUCCAGUCAGAGCUGCAGUCCUGCACACAACUGCUAGAGCUGGAGCCUCAGAACAAGUGGUGUGUACUGACCAUAGUCCUCCUGAUGAGGGCGCUGGAUCCCCUGGGCUAUGAGAGAGAAACCCUGGCUCACUUUGAGACCCUAAAGGAUGUGGACUCCAUGCGUUCUUCUUACUACAGUGACCUGUGCAGUAAGUUUAUGAUAGAGAACACCAUUCUCAAGAUGGAGUACGCUGAAGUCAGAGUCUUCAGUUUGUCUGGAAAGAAACUGACAACCCUCUGCCACUUGGACCAGCUGCUAUUGGUCACUCAUAUAAACAUCUCCUCCAAUCAGCUGCAGACCCUGCCCCCUCAGUUUGCCAUGCUGCAGUGUCUUGAGGUGCUGGAGGCGGAUGACAACGUCAUUGAGAGUCUUUACGGACUGUACCAUCUCCCCCGCCUGGAGGAGGUCUCGCUGAAGAACAACCAAAUCUCUCGGAUCUCGGACCUGAAGCCCCUGACCACCUGCCCCAAGCUGACCCGGCUCGAUCUCCGUGGAAACCCGGUUACCCAGACUGCCAACCUCCAAUCAGAGCUGGCCCAACUGUUGCCCUCGGUCACCGACCUCCUGUUAUAACAGGGCCAGUUGGCACGCGCCGCAGUUCCAGCUGUGGGAGGGGUGGUGUGGGUGGGGUGGGUGGGGUGGGGUCGGUGGGUUUUGGGGCAUGUGUGUGUUCUGUCUGUAAUUUCUCCUGGUUACUUAUUCAUGUUGGACAUGUUGGGGUCCCCUGCUGAGGUUCUCCCUCUCUGGCACAAGCCUACAUCUGUGUGUAUGGGCAAUCUUUGCCUUGUCGUGUGCGCGAGUGUGUGUGUGUGUGGUGUGUGUGUGCAUGUGCGUGCGUGCGUGCGCGUGUGUGUGUAUGUGCGUGUGUGUGCUGUAGUUUGCUGCAUCAUCUUGUCUUGGUCUUAUGUUCUCACACACAAGCAAACAAAAUAUUAUCACAAACACACAAAAAAGCACACAUGUAACAACUCAAGUGCACAAAAAUGCACACACACACUGCGCACACACGCACAAAUCACCAUAAGUGCAUCCCUCACAAACGCACACACACACACACACAUACCACAUACAGACACACACGUAUACACACACACACGCAUACCACAUACAGACACACAUGUACACGCACGCACACACACACACACACCAGUACAGUAUAGUACAGUGGGAUGGUAAUUAAAAUAGGUGGGUCUGUGGGUGGGAGCAGUGAGGGAGGGGCUGUAUUAAGAGGCUGGCGAAAGAGGGCGUGGCCAUAAAAGAAUGUUGCGAUCGCUGAGCAUUGUGAUUGGGUGAAUUUGAAGAAAGCUGAGGGACCUGUGAUUGGGUGAAAUGGUUGUACAUUAAGGCUUGUAAAACUACACCCUGUGUGAAUAAAGCUGCCUCACUGCAUCACUGCC